AUGGGUAUGGCUUAUUUCCAAAAAGCUGACUAUCCAAAAGCUAUUUCGUUUUAUGAUAAAGCAUUGAAAAGUAAAAUAGAGUCUCUUCCUAAUAGUCGUCAUAUCAGCGUCGUGUAUUGCACUAUGGGGCAACAAACAAAGACUGACGCGAUUCUUAAAAGAGCAGAGGAACGUUUAGGAUUUCUUCCUGAUAAACAUUAUGAGUUAACUGCAAUUCAAGCUAACGUUGGUAAUAUGUCUUUUGAUGAGGGCAAGCCCUACGAAGCAAUUUCACUUUACGAAAAAUCGAUUGAAGGUGCAAAAAAAUCUCUUUCUGAAAAUCAUUCUGACUUUAUUAUGUAUUAUAACUAUAUUGGAUUACUCAUAGGUAAAGUGUAUUCCUCUUUGGAUCAACAACAAUUAGCAAUUUUUUAUCAUGAAAAAGCAUUAGAAUGUCAUGAAAAGUCUAAUAGUUCAAAUCAACUUCAUUUGGCGGUCUGUUUCAAUCACAUUGGAAGUGCACAUACAGAAAUGGGAGAAUUUUCCAAAGCAUUAUCAUUUUUGAAUAAAGCACUUGGAAUUAAGCAAAAAUUCCUUCCUGAAAAUCAUUCUAAUUUGCCUGAAAUGUACACCAACGUUGGCUUGGUGUAUUUUUAUAUGCACGAGUACCAACAAGCAAAUUCUUUUUAUGAAAAAGCGAUAGAAAUUCAACAGAAGUCUCAUUUUGAAAACCAUCCUGCUCUGGCUACAACUUAUAAUAACAUUGGAUGUAGUUAUCGCACAAUGAAAGGCUGCCCAAAGGCACUUUCAUAUUUUGAAAAAAUGCUUGAAAUUCAAAAAAGUUCGCUUAAGCCGGAUCAUCCUAAUUUUGUCACUUCUUACAGUAACAUCGCUCUCUUGUACUCCAAAAUGGACGCUUAUUCAAAUGCAAUUUCGCAUUGUGAAAAAGAAAAUGAUAUUCUUAAAAAAUCUCUCCCUCCAAAUUGUUUUCAAAUGGCUACUUUUUACUACAAUUACGGUUUGGUAUAUCUCGAAAAAAAGGAUUACUCACAAGCAAUGUCAUUAUCUAAAGAGGCUCUUGAUAGUCUACAAAAAUCUGGAAAUGAAAGCCAGCUUUUGAAUACCCUGAUUCAUAAUACUCUGGCACAUAUAUAUUUCGAACUUGUUGACUAUCCGAACGCACUCUCCUGUCUUAAAAAGGUACGUGAAUUUCAACAAAAAUCUCUCUCUGGAAAUCAUCUUAAUUUGGCUACAACUUACAACAACAUUGGACGCGCAUAUAGCAAGAUGAAUAAUGAUUUAAAAGCAAUUUCAUUUUGUGAAAAAGCACGUGAAAUUCUACAAAAAUAUCUUCCUUCAAAUCAUUCUGAUUUGGCAAUCAUGUGCAGAAACAUCGGAAGUAUAUAUUGUAAAAUUGGUGAAUUUUUAAAAGCACUUCCAUUCGUUGAAGAUGGGUUAAAUAUCGCACAAUGGAACUCGAACAAAAAUGAUACGAACAUAAUGUCACUUACGAAAGAAUUGAUAGAAAUGAAAGAAAAAAUAAGGAUGGAACUGAAGUAG